AGAAAAGGGGGUAGAACAUAGAACGUGCCUUUUCUCGUCGUGGCAAUCACGCUCGCCGGCAGAAAUCAAGUGACCACACAAUCAAGCGGCUCGGCAAGGAGCAUCUGGAGCCAAUUGGCGAGCGGUAUUCCGCCACCCCCUAUUUAGCCCUUUGGGUAAGUCGUCUUUGCUUGGUUGUGUGCGGCACUUUUGUCGACUACCCUUUCCCAUCGCUAAAAAGGCCACAUGAUCGGCGCCCCCCUGGCCAAUGGCAUCCCGUCCGCAUUUAAUGUGACAUGCACGACUCGCAUAGAAGAAAAAAAAAUAAUAAAAAAAGAGGAAAAACAAUAAAAAAAUUGCCUCGUCGUAUAUUGCGCUCUUAGGUAACGUUUUAACCUUGCUUCCUCGUGCUCAACCUCCCGGGUUGGUAGCCUCUGAGUCGCUUCCAUGCCGGGACAGGGGUUCCCCAUAUUUUGCCAUUCUGCCAUACUCGCAGCCUGGGACGGUCUUGGCGUAUAGGGGGUGGAGGAUUACAACACAAUGUUGUUGCUCUCUUCCGGGUUGACGAGGAUGGAGGAUAUAGAUAGGCAUGCGCAUUUCUUCUCUUUGCCCCUUCGAGAAUAGGGAAUCAAGGAAGCAGUUAUCGUUGCGACUGUUGCAAUGGGGUUCCUCAAGAAGCUGCUGACGUUCGCUCUCGCGGGUGCGUCCCUCCGGGGGCUCGCGGUUGGCGUCGACUUCCCUCAGGCGGAUAUCGAUUCGGGCAAAGCCUUGAAGGAGAUCAGUCAGACGGCCUUGAAUACCGCUCUGGCUCGACUCGAUGGCAGUUCGAAGUGUACGAAGGAAAAUGUCAGGAGGCGCAAGGAAUGGAGAACCAUCCCAAGAGAAGAACGAAAGGCGUACGUCAAAGCCGUCGAGUGUUUGAUGGAACAGCCCAAUGUGUACGAAAACGUGACUGGUCCGAAGUCGAUGUUCGACAGCUUCGGCGUUUUGCACUACAGAGUGACACCGUACGUUCACAACUCUGCAUACUUCCUCCUCUUUCACAGACUCUAUGUCUGGACCUUCGAGGAGAAAUUGAGGACCAUGUGCGGCUACACCGGCGCAUUCCCUUACUGGGAAUGGGGCCUUGACGCCGGCGGCGUCGAAAAAUCGCCCCUGUUCGACGGCUCCGAGACGUCUCUGGGAUCGAACGGAGCUAAGGUCAACGGGUCCAACACUUUCUUCCCCGGUGGCUCGGGAGGCGGUUGUGUGACGCACGGGCCGUUUGCCAACUACACCGUCAACUUCGGGCCUAACACCGCUAGGAACCCGCUGGCGUACAACCCGCGGUGUCUAAAGCGGGAUCUAAACACUCAGAUAUGCGCCCAGUGGGCUUCUCUUAAAAAUACCACCGAGACGAUCCUCGAGAGCCCCGAUAUCGCCCUGUUCCAGGCCAACUUGCAAGGCGAUUUCCGCUGGCCCGCGGCCCGGAAGUGGGGAUUCGCCGUGCACGGUGGUGGCCACUUCACAAUCGCUGGUGACCCGGGCGGGGACUUCUACUUCUCACCUCUAGAGCCCGCCUUCUACCAACACCAUGGACAGAUUGAUCGCAUGUACUUCAUCUGGCAAAAUCUCGACUGGAAGAAUCGACAGACCAUGGCCGGGACUAUCACUAUGAUGAACAUGCCUGCAAGUCGUAACGGAACACUGGAUGACAUCCUUGACAUCAAUCCAGUUGGCGGAACCUACAAUUACCGCCAAUUGCUCGACACCGUAGGCGGUUCGCCUUUCUGCUUCGUGUAUGAGUGAUGAAGCCGUACCUCGGAUCGAGAUUCUGAUACAGAAAUUGGCGUUAAGGGAUAGCGAUGGUUUGAAGUGGUGGUUGUGCUCGGGGGGUAUUAAGAUGAAGAUGCCACAUCGCAUUAAAAAUAAUAGAGUGUGAAAAUAAAAUACCCUUAAAACCUGAUGAACUAAGUUAU